CUGAGCGCGUCUCCCGUCACUGCGCUUUCACCUCCACACGGCUGAAUGUUUGUUUAAUCCGAGCUGAAACUUUUCAGUCGACAUUUUUGUCGAGUUGCGGGAGCUUCGUGUGGGAUUAUUUCAUGGCUCGACUUUGAAACCACCACCCCCAAACAAACAAAACAACCACAUAAAAAACAAAAACAAAACAAAGGAACAAACCCGGCUUUGGAUCCGAGAGGCCAGAUUUAUGCUGCCCACUCAGACAGAAACACCAAGUACAUGCUCCCUGAGAACAUUUCGCACACAGGUUUAAGCACAGCUGUCUAAAAACUGCAAUGUCAUCAAAAAUGCAGAGCUCCAGUAGCAUAGUUCAGGCCAGACGGACGGUGCAGCAGCUGAGGAUAGAAGCCAGCAUCGAGAGGAUAAAGGUGUCCAAGGCUUCAUCGGAGCUGAUGCGCUACUGUGGAGAGCACGCCAAGAAUGACCCGCUGCUAAUGGGUAUCCCUGCUUCAGAAAACCCUUUCAAGGACAAGAAGCCUUGCACAGUUUUGUAGGGAAACACCUGAACUCUUGCUUUUGAUGCUAAAUCCUAUGUGUAAAAGCUCUGCUCACAACUUGCCUUAAGGCCAGUACACCCCUUAACUUUUUCACAUGCCUGCUUGAGUUUGAUAAGGAAUGUAGUCCUCUCUGCCUUUUAGUCAAAUAGCUGUGACACCAAAGAACGGGCAGAAGGCUGAAGCCGUUGCCUCUGAUCAAAGCUGCGGCUCUAACAAAGAUGAUUAAAAGUGGUGGCUUUUGUUUGUCUGCACUGUAAUCUGACAGGAUCUGGAAGGCCACAGACCAGCCUGAAAGGAGCUGAGAGUUGAUGACUGUAAUUAUGACAGCACGUAUAAACAAGCCCCCUUCAAGUCAUUGGUCUAAUCAGAUUUAGGCUUUGGGUUUUCACUUCUCGCUUUCAUCAGGAAACGGUUUGUAUUCUGUUCAGAAUGUGACAAUUAACAAGAUAAUGAUAUCCUGUCAGAUGAGUUAACUGUCCAAACUCGAAUGGACCUGCAUUUCCGGGAUAAACAGAAAGGGAGGUCCAUAACCACUGAUGUACUUUUUAUUGUCACGCAUUUUGACUCAGAAGAAAUGGUCUAAAAUCAUCAAAGGAGACCCAUUAUGAUCACUUCCAGCUCCGCAUUUUAUCCUUAGACUCUACUACAGUAGUUUUAUAUGAUUUUACAAUUUAAAAUAUUCCUUGGUUUUUGUGCAUUCUACUUUACUUCCUAUUCCCCUCCUCUUAUGUCACGUUUAAUCUGAUUGGCUGCCUCUCACAAGUAGGUGGGGCUUCUGCACCAUACCUUAUUGCCCAAGAUGGGGGGGACUGCCUGAAGCUGGGCUUAGAGCAGUCUGAAGGCUGAGCUUUUAGAUCAUAGGGAUUACUCGAUCAUACGUGUCUCUUAUAUCUAACCUUAUAUAACCUUUCCAGAGAUGCAAAGAGUUUGUUCAAAUAUAAUUCAGAUUUUGAUUUUUUUAGACAUUUAAAAAAAAUGAUGUGGUGCACUUGUACAGUGCAGUGCCAAUAUUUCAGGAUGAAUUGAUGCUUAAUUUUGCUGUAAGCGUGCUGUUUUUGCAACUUUGGUUGUAUUCAGCGGAGAGCGGUAAAAGAACACGAACAUGAUAUCUGUAAGUCUUACAAUGCAAGUACUUGGAGGAUGACACUCUUAGAUGGAGUAAACCUUAACCUUGCCAUGAAGCCGUUACUGUAGAAGACAAAUAUUUACAGUAAUCAGACUCGUCAGAUCUAGUUUCGCUGCUUCUGUCUGCAGACCUGAGGCUUCUUGUUUGUACACUUCAGGCACUGUGAAACCGAUGAACACCAAAUGACUGUUAUGAGUUUGAAACAUUUCAUGUUUACAGCUCAAACUUCCUUUGAUUAUAUCAUGUUGACAUAGCUGUAACUUUAUGUCAUUUGUGAGCUAUACUCUUGCUAAAACAUGAGCAACUACUUUUGUAAUUUUACCGGCCAGGGCCUUAAUAAUGAAGUUAAUCCUACUUUAACCUCUUGACUACCUUUAAGUCACAUAAGUGCUGUUGUCUAAAACUGUGAAUUAUAAGAUUCUUUAGGUGAAACAAGAGAUAUAUGGGGUAUAUCUUACUAAAGGCUUGUAACACUGUGCCCAUGUACCAGAGUAUGUGCUUGCUUGUAAAUGUUCUUUUCAGGUUUCAGUCAAACCUUAACAUUUGACUUUCUAUUUUGUUUCACGAUUUCAAUGUUUGGGAUUAAAAAAUGUUACGUGUUGUUGUGUUAACGAUACAUCUGGUUGAUUUUGAUCAGUCUGUAUGGAUUUAUGUUUUUAUUGAUGAAAGUCUGUGGUUUCUCACACGUGGUGUCAAAAACAGCUUACUGUCAUAUUCAAACCUUUGCCUGUUGUUGCAUAUAUUCAAUGCAAAUAAAUAUGGAAAACAAGUUAAAUUAUUCAACUAAAUUUA